AUGGCGUCGUCUUUAGACCUAAGUUAUAUGAAAUUAGUCCGAUUUACUUUUAGUCUCAUAGAUUGUUGGCCUCAUCGUGAUAUGAAAAGCAAAAAACCAAUUCCUUUGGCAAAUAAUAAAUUUUUAUUUUGCGAAUUUCGUCUGACAUUACCAUGGACUAAAGCCUACCGCCAACUUAUAAUAGACUUCGUCGAAAAUAUACAUAUUUUUCAUUAUAAAGGAGAUUCAGAUUAUUCCAAGAAAAUGCAUUACAAAAUUCACAAAGUUUCUACGUACUUUACUAUAUUUUUACACGUGCAAAUGUACUCCGGGAUAAUUUUAUUUAAUAUCACGCCAUUGCAUAAUAAUAUUAAAGCUGGAUUAUUUAAAGAAAAAGUAUCACCGAAUGAUACCAUAGCUAUUGAACUUUCACUUUACUAUGAUUUACCAUUUGAUUGUCAGGAGAAUUUAAAAGCGUACUUUGCAGUAUUUAUUUUUAAUUUUUUUGUUAGUUUUGUUAAUACAUUUACAAUGUGUAUUAAUGAACUGUUCAUUUCUCUUAUUGCUAUCCAUCUUUGGGGUCAUUUUAAAAUUUUACAAUAUAAUUUGAUAAAUUUUCCAAGACCGAAAGAAAUUAAACUAAAUAUCUCGUAUGAUGAAGAAUCGACAAUUACAAAUCUACUCAUAAAAUAUAUGAAACAACAUCGAGUGGCCACAGAUUUCCUAUCAAAAACAGUAAACGUUUUUGGACCAACAAUGUGCCUGUAUUAUUUAUUCCAGCAAAUAAGCGAAUGUAUCGUUUUAUGUGAAAUUUGCAAAUUGGACGCAGAAGCAUUAGGAAAAUACGGAAUACUAACGCUUGUUAUAUUUCAACAACUAAUACAGAUUUCAAUUGUUUACGAGAUAAUGUCAUCAAUGAAUGAAAAAAUCAUCAACGCCGUUUAUGGUUUGCCAUGGGAACAUAUGUCAGUAAGAAAUCAGAAGAUUGUGCUGUUUUUCCUUCAGAAUGUUCAAGUGCCUUUCAACUUGAGAGCUCUGGAUAUGGUGCCUAUUGGAGCACAGACUAUGGUUGUGAUAAUAAGAACAUCUUUCUCUUAUUUCAUAAUGCUACGCACAAUUGCCUAUGAUUGA